UCAGUAAGCACUCUGGGCAGCGAUCCUGGCCCCUCACCCAUCGUCCUGUGGGCGCAGUGCUAACCCUGCACUCAGUAAGCACUCUGGGCAGCGAUCCUGGCCCCUCGCCCAUCAUGCUGUGGGCGCAGUGCUAACCCUGCACUCAGUAGGUCCUCUGGGCAGCACCAGGGGCAGGCAUGGCCUGUGGCUCAGGGCAUUGGACAGAAUGGCUUUGGAAGCGUGUUAGCAAGCAGCCCAGUGGGCCGGGGGCUCCAGAACUGUGCAUCCCCCCAACUUCUGGGCCUUUCCCCCAUCACGGGAACUCUUUAUGCGCACUUGCCACAAUUAAUCGAGAGAGAUGGUGCCCGCUCCACCCUUUAGUGAGUGAGUGACAGUCAUAAGGCAGCAAACAGGGCACUUCCGCAAAUUACAUAUUUACAUGGUUUUCUGAUUAUUAAAGCAAUCUGAAAAAUUGAUUAAUGCAGAAAAGCACAAUGAACAUGGUCACACUCUUCCCUCAUUCUGCCUCCCAUCAUUCAUGUGUUAGCAUAUUUUUUUUUCCAGUUCUUUCUUUCUGUGUAAUCAUUUCUCUUUUCAGUGUUAGGGUCAAUGAAGGAAAUUUUGAAAACAAGUCCUUGGACUGUUGGAAUUUAAAGCUUCAGAGGAAAUGUCAAAUGCAACCCAAAUGGCUAAUUUCCCAUCUGAUUUUUUUUUUAGUACAUGUCAAACCCUCUUCUGCAGAAGAGUCAGGGUACCCCCAAAUGUCCCCUCUUGCCCAGAGGGCAUCUCCACAGAGUGGUCUUGGAGGGACAGCCCAACAGGGUGUUGGGAGGGGACUCCUGGACAGGUGAGCACAGCGUUUGCAGUGAGAGGCAGGUGAAGGGUGGGCAGGCAUCCUUCUCGCCCCUGCUCGUGUCCCGCAUUUCCAGAAUGAGGUAGCGUUUGACAUGCAGCGGGGUACAGCCUGUUUUGGUAUGCCAUUUGGUCCCUGGACUUAAUGAGUUCGACAGGGACGUGCUGCUGUAGCUAAAGAUCAUUUACCUGAAUUGCUUUUUAAUUUCUGCCAUGGGAAGCUGCCCCUGGCGCGGUAUAAUUACAAGAUAAUUUACAGCAAUCCCAAAUCUAAUAAUUCAGCCAUCCUGGGUUGGGGGAAGGGACCAGAGCUACGUGAGGGCUGAGGAGAGAGAACUCGCCUGUCGUUAAGUUAGCCUCAGUUUCUGGGUGCAGGUUCCAGUUGCUGGGCAGGCAUGGAAGAGUCAGCAAGGGACGCUUCUUGUCCAGUAGACGCUAAAGUUUCCUUUAACGGCAGGAGCGAGUUCUUCUUGAGCUGGCCCGUGGGAGAGGACACUGUGUGAUUUCACAGUUUUGCCGCGGGGCCUGGGGAGGUAGGUGGCCUGGGGCUGUCUGUGGAACACGUGGCCUCGGCAGUCGGGGUUCAGAAGGCGCCUCGCCCCAUUCUUUUAGCACAAACCCUCUCCCACAAACUGCAGGCUCUGAAGAGGACAAGUGGGCCUCGGGGCAAGGCCCAGGGGAUCCUGUAGGGUCAUCCACACUCUCCCUCGGGCAGGAGCUGAUGGAGUUUGUGGCAGCUGAGCCCUGUAGGGGUGGAGGGAACAGUGUCAAAGCUGCAGGAGAAAUGAGGAGCUUUCUUCUCUAUGUCUCCCUUGCUAGACCCACCGUCUUUGCCCAAAGGGAAGGAUUUACAUGCAUGGUAACCCUUAACCUUCCCUCUCACUGGAUAAAUCACCCCUUUCCACCAAAACUACCCACAGAGCAAAAUAUCCAUAUUUUCUUUGCACAAAGGCAGUUUGUUAAUUAACAGAAUUCCAUAGUGAAUUAACUUUAUAUAAUAAGGAAAAAACAGACUUUUCUGAUUUAUUGGUUAUAGAAAUCUAAACGUUCUUUUCUUGGGUGAUUUACACUGGGAUGAGUUUUUUUGUUUGUGUAGCAGUGGGAGGCCAUAGCCAUAGCCAAAAAGCCGAGGAGCUUAGGUUCAGAGAGGUUAAGUUACCUGUGACCCGUCACGUAGCUGGUGGGAGGAGUUAGGCACCCACAUGGCUCACCUGACCUCAGUUCACUAUCAGGCUGUCCUGUGGGAGAGGUGGGAGGAACAAGGAACAAAAAAUAAUCCAUCUUUUCCCAGAGCCAGAGGCAGGGGUGGGGGCGGUGGGUAAGUGUCUGUCUUGAUGGUUAUUAGCUCUCACCGAGAAGGUGGUAUUGUUUUACGGUGACGGCCCCGGGGUGCCCUCCCCCCAGGGUCUGUCUUACACCAGGGACUGUCUGCUCUCCCAGGAGGCUGCUGGUCCUCAUACCUGGCUCUCACACUGUGAGGACUGGGCCUCAGAGGUGGGGGAACUCCAAAUACUCGAUGGUGCCCCUCACUCUCUCUGGCUGACAGUGCUUUCCUGCCUUCUAGGGUCUACACCAACCCCUCUCCAAUCAGCCCUGAGAAUGUGUUCUAGGGGGUCUUUGAGGGUCUCAGCUCACCUGGGGGUUUGGCUGGGCUGUGAGCUAAGAUAUCCACACAGCAUGAUGUCCACACCACAGGGAGACGUCAGGACCUGAGCUGCCUUGUCAGUAACACCACUGAGAGGGAUGUCCCCCCAGCACCUCUCACAUGGAGCCCAUGGGCCUCUGGCCCCCACACAAGUGUCAUCGGGAAUGUUGGGGAGAGUUUAAAGACACUGCUUAGGGUUGGAAAAUUUUCUACUUAUUUAAAAGAAAUCUUUUUGGCCAUGCUGCACAAUAUGUGAGAUCUUAGUUUCCCGACCAGGGAUUGAACCUGUGACCCCUGCAGUAGAAGCACAGAAUCUUAGCCAAUGAAUGGCCAGGGAGGUCCCAGAAGUUACUGCUUUUGAGGAAGGCAGCUCAUCCCUCAGGUUUUAGAAACGCAGGCCCACGGAAUAAAGCCUCCGACCUGGCCCUGUCCACCUCUGCAGCCAUUUACCUGUAGUAGUGUCUCGAUGCACCCAUCCUAUCCUUUGCCUGCCCCCUCCAGGAAGCCUUCCCUGAUAGUCCCUCCCCGGUGCUUCCCUCUCCCUCAGAGCCCCGUUGCGUCCCAUCCUAUCUGAUGACACUUCUCCCCCAUCAGCUUGUGCUCAGCCAGGCAGAGCUGGGGUGUGUUCUGUCUGCAGGACCUCUCCCCGGCCGGCUGGAAGAUGUUUGGAUAACCAGGCAGAGGAUCACAGGGAUGCCUCCUUCCUGUGUCUGCUCUGGUUCCCAGCUGUCCCCACACGAGCCUCGACAGCUCGGAGCUUUGAGCUCCGGCUGUGGCCCAGCAGUGUCCUGACAAGGGGCAGGAUGCGGGGGUUGAGAACUCGUGGCUGGGCACUAGGGGAGGCGGAUUUUUGUUAUGACAGGCCGUGGCAGGCUCAGUCCAGAGACAGCUGAGGUGCUUACAGCCAGCCUGGCCAGCUGGUUGGGAGGGAGCCGGGGCUGAGCUGGCUAGGGAUGCAGGAAGUAUGCAUCAGAUUCCAUCCAUAUUCAUGCCCGUCUCCCGAUUCAUGAACUUCUGGAGCUUGUGCCUCUGCUGUCUCUGCCCUCAGAGGUUUCAAGCCCAGGCCUCUGACCGCAGUCAGCUCCCGUGGGGGCUGCUUGACUGGGGGCAACAUGUCUCCAUACAGAAGAGACCCCUGAACGGGACUGCUGAGAGGGCAGGUCUACCCACGUGGGGUCUUCUUGAAGGUGAUUUGAGCUGAUGGAGAUUUUUGUCUUGUGUCCAGGCUCUAGACUCAAAUCCCUACAAAAGCUGAGAAUCCCCUCUACUCCUGUUUUCCACGUGAGGGACCUGAGACCCAGAGAGAGUGGGUGGAUCGCACAGGUGGGAGGGCUGGAUUUGGACAUAAAACAUCAGGUUCCAAAGCCCGUGGCUUCUCCAGGUCGUGCCUUUGAGAAUUGGGCAGUUAAUUCUCUCUGUGGGUGUAUGUCGUCCCCAGGGAUACCUUCAGAGCCCAUUUCAGAUCAGCACUAGCCCCCUCCCCUCCCCGCCCCUCGGAUGCCGGCGCGUGUUUCUCCAUGAGCACCCUUGGCGCUGUGUCUCCCUACACUGCGGCUUCCAGGUUGAGUGGAAGAUGAGUGGACAAACACUGUACAUGUUUAUCGACGUUUUUCGAGUGAAUCAGUGAUCACAUGAGUGUUUCAGGGAUUCGUCCAGAGCCAGCCCAGAAAUGCAAAGUUUGGCUAAGUUUUUCUGGCUCCAUCACUGUCCUCUUUCAGGCUGGUGGGAUGACCCCCACAUACAUUUCUGCUGAUACUUCUGAGUGGUGAACCCAGGCCACCUAAGCCAGGGCUUCUGUGUUGGAGUGGGUGAUGGAGAAUUAGCGAGAUUCACACUCACUGGGAUGGCCACUAUCAAAACCCGGAAAAAUAUUGCACGUGUUGGCAAGGAUAUGGAGAAACUGGAACCUCAGUGUAUUGCCAUUGGAAAUGUAAAAUGGUGCAGAUGCUAUGGAAAACAAUCUGACAGUUCCUCAAAAAAUUAAACAUAGAAUGAUAUGAUUUGGCAGUCUUGCUCCUGGGUCGGAGGAGGAGUUUCUUUGGGCUUCUCAAACCCCAAAGAAGUGCAAGCUGUGUACAUCCAUAUCUGUAGCAGCGUUAACCACAACAUCCAAAAGGUGGAAGCAGCCCGGGUGUCCACAGACAGAUGAAUGGACCCACAGGGUGUGUUUUGUAACAUACAGUUGAAUACUAUUCAGCUGAAAAAGGAAGGAAAAUUUGACACAGCCUAUAUCAUGAAUGAGCCUUGAGGAUAUUAUGCUGAGUGAAAUCAGCCAGUCACCAAGGGGACAAAUACUCUGUGAUUCUACUUCUAUGAGGUCCCCAGAAGAGUCACAUUGGGUGGGUGCCAGGGGCCUCAGACCCUGGAGGGGGACCGAUGGGUUGUUGUUUCAUGAGGACAGAGUUUCAGCUUGAGGCUAUGAAAAGGGGUCUAGAGAUGGAUCGUGGUGGUUGCACAAAGUCAGUAUACUUAAUGCCCCCUAAAAAUCGUUAAAAUGAGACAUUUUGUGUUAUAUGUAUUUUAGCACAAUUUUCAAAAUUAAAUUAAGAAAAAAGAAUCGGUGGGGAGCCAGAUCCAAAAACCCAUGGACUUGUAAAACCUUUUAUUGAAGUAUUGUUGAUUUGCAGUCUGUGUUAGUUUCUGGUGUAGAGAACAGUGAUGCAGUGAUACAUGUGUGUAUCUUCUUUUUCAUAUUCUUUUCCCUUCUGGUUUAUCAGAGGAUAUUGAGUACAGUUCCCUGUGCUGUACAGUAGGCCCUUGUUUGUGUCUCUACUUUAUGUAGAAUAGUUUGCAUCUGCUAGUCCCAACCUCCCAACUCCUCCCCACUCCGACCCCUCUCCUCCCUGGCCACCCCAAGCCUGUUCUCUAUGCAAAGACCCGUGGACUUUCAAAGCUGGGACGAAGCUGGGGGCCCUGACCCACCUGUUCACCUUGUUUUACAGACAAGGAGAGCCAGCUGGGACCCUGCCCCAGCUUUUCUGAGAAAGUGUUGUUUGGGACCCGAGGUCACUGUUCCCGGAGACCAGUCCCCUGUCCGAACUCCUCGCCCCAAGACUUCCAUCCCAUUGGAGCUGUCCACCCCAGACAGACGCUGAGCGCGGGCAGGGCUGGUGGAAAAUAAGUUGGUUUGAGAAAUUUAAAUCUGGUACUUUUUUCUUCUCUGUGAAAAGAAUUAAAAUCCAGCAGAAGCUUAUUACAGGCAGACUGAGGUUAUUUUGGGAAGCAGCAAUUAACGGUUUUAUACUUUUCCUCUCCUUUUUGCCCUUGCUGCCCGCACAGGUCUGGGAAGCUAUUAAACCUUUCACCCAGCCCUCAGCCCAGAGGAGUCUGCCCUGCCCUCUUUCUCCUCUGCUUGCAUGCCUUGGGAAAGAAAAGAGAGUUCCAUUCCUAUUAAUUACCGCCAAAUCCGCUCCGUAAGCACUUGGUGAAUGUGCUCGGCGCUGAGGUUUAAAGCCCGCCUCUGAACAGAAGAGUAAAAUGAAAGGAAGCAUGCAUUUGGUCGGACGCUGUAAUUUGCCACGUCAUCUACUCUCUUGUUGCUAAAAUGGAUACUCUGCUGAGGCCAUGACUUCCAGCUGCCCCAGAUCAUUGUCCACGGUCACACCCUCCCUAAGAGGUCACCUAGCCCCUCCAGGCUGAGGCUGACUGGGCUCAGGGAAGGCAGGCAAUGCGCGCGCGUGCGCGCGCACGCACACACACACACACACACACACAAACACACGCUUUCUCUCUCAUGCACAGGUUUUCAUAUGCAUCUGGAUGUAGACAGCAGGGUAGUAGCUCAGCAAACUCUUUCUACGUAGGUGCAUCGAGGGAGUCCCUGAAUGUGUUUCUGAUCACAGUUUGUGCUUUCUGAGGCCAGCUGACUCAAAGAUGCUUCAGCGAUUAAGCCCUCAGACCCAGGAGUUGGACAGUUUUGGGUGAAGCCCCAGGCCAUCUGCUGUGUGACGUUUGUGCCGCCGCAUCUCCUGCCGCCGUUCCACGCCCCCUUCCCGAUUGACAUGCGACACCAGGAGGGCCGCUACCAUUACGAGCCUCACUCGGUCCCCGGAGUGCACGGACCUCCCGCCCUGAGCGGCAGCCCUGUCAUCUCUGAUAUCUCAUUGAUUCGGCUAUCCCCACACCCUGCCGGCCCCGGGGAGUCCCCCUUCAACGCCCCCCACCCGUACGUGAGCCCCCACAUGGACCAUUACCUGCGGGCCGUGCACGGCAGCCCAACACAUCCCGCCAUCUCUGCAGCCAGGGGCCUCAGCCCCGCGGAUGUGGCUCAUGAGCACCUUAAGGAGCGGGGACUCUUUGGCCUCCCCGCUGCAGGCACCAACGCCUCAGACUAUUACCACCAGAUGACUCUCAUGGCGGGCCACCCCGCGCCAUAUGGGGACCUGCUGAUGCAGAGUGGGGGUGCGGCCAGCGCCCCCCACCUCCACGACUACCUCAAUCCAGUGGAUGUAUCGCGUUUCUCCAGCCCCCGGGUGACGCCCCGCCUGAGCCGCAAGCGGGCGCUGUCCAUCUCCCCGCUCUCAGACGCCAGCCUCGACCUCCAGCGCAUGAUCCGGACCUCGCCCAACUCGCUGGUGGCCUACAUCAACAACUCCCGCAGCAGCUCGGCCGCCAGCGGCUCCUACGGACACCUGUCAGCCGGAGCCCUCAGCCCAGCCUUCACCUUCCCCCACCCCAUCAACCCCGUGGCCUACCAGCAGAUCCUGAGCCAGCAGAGGGGCCUGGGCUCGGCCUUCGGACACACGCCACCCCUGAUCCAGCCCUCGCCCACCUUCCUGGCCCAGCAGCCAGUGGCCUUCACCUCCGUCAAUGCCACACCCCCCCAGCUCAGUAGCAGCAGCAACUGUCUGAGUGAUGCCAAUCAGAACAAGCAGAGCAGUGAGUCGGCCGUGAGCAGCACCGUCAACCCCAUCAUCAUUCACAAGCGCAGCAAGGUGAAAACUGAGGCUGACGGCCUGCGGCCAGCCUCCCCACUGACCCUAACACAGGAGCAGCUGGCUGACCUCAAGGAGGACCUGGAGCGAGACGACUGUAAGCAGGAGGCUGAGGUGGUCAUCUAUGAGACCAACUGCCACUGGGAGGACUGCGCCAAGGAGUAUGACACCCAGGAGCAGCUCGUGCACCACAUUAACAACGAGCACAUCCACGGGGAGAAGAAGGAGUUCGUGUGCCGCUGGCAGGCCUGCACGCGCGACCAGAAGCCCUUCAAGGCGCAGUACAUGCUGGUGGUGCACAUGCGCAGACACACGGGCGAGAAGCCGCACAAGUGCACGUUCGAGGGCUGCUCAAAGGCCUAUUCCCGCCUGGAGAACCUGAAGACUCACCUGCGCUCCCACACUGGGGAGAAGCCGUACGUGUGUGAACACGAGGGCUGCAACAAAGCCUUCUCCAACGCCUCAGACCGCGCCAAGCACCAGAACCGCACCCACUCCAACGAGAAACCCUACAUCUGCAAGAUUCCAGGCUGCACCAAGCGGUACACGGACCCCAGCUCCCUCCGGAAGCACGUGAAGACGGUGCACGGCCCAGACGCUCACGUCACCAAGAAGCAGCGCAACGAUGUGCACCUCCGCGCCCCCCUGCUCCGGGAGAAUGGGGACAGCGAGGCCGGCGCCGAGCCCGGCCGGGGCUCCGAGGACAACGCCGAGGCCAGCAGCACUAGCCAGGCCGUGGAGGACGGCUUGCACGUCAAGGCCAUCAAGACAGAGCGCUCCGGGCUGUGUCAGUCCAGCCCCGGAGCCCAGUCUUCCUGCAGCAGCGAGCCCUCUCCCCUGGGCAGUGCCCCCAACAAUGACAGCGGUGUGGAGAUGCCGGGGACAGGGCCCGGGAGCCUGGCAGACCUGAGAGCUCUGGAGGACCCGCCGCCAGGGGCUGACCCCUCCGCCCUGGCCGCCCCCUCUGCUGGUGGCCUGCAGCUGCGCAAACACAUGAGCGCUAUGCACCGGUUCGAGCAGCUCAAGAAGGAGAAACUCAAGUCACUGAAGGAUUCCUGCUCAUGGGCCGGGCCAGCUCCGCACACCCGGACCUCCAAGCUGCCUCCCCUCCCGGGAAGUGGCUCCGUGCUGGAAAACUUCAGCGGCGGCGGGGGCGGCGGGCCCGCGGGGCUGCUGCCCAACCCGCGGCUGUCCGAGCUGUUCCCGGGCGAGUUGACGGUGCUGAGCCACCUGCAGGAACGCCGGGACAGCUCCACCAGCACAGUCAGCUCGGCCUACACCGUGAGCCGCCGCUCCUCCGGCAUCUCCCCCUACUUCUCUAGUCGCCGCUCCAGCGAGGCCUCGCCGCUGGGCGCCGGCCGCGCGCACCCUGCCAGCUCCGCCGAUUCCUACGACCCCAUCUCCACCGACGCAUCGCGGCGCUCGAGCGAGGCCAGUCAGUGCGGCGGCGGCCCGGGGCUUCUCCAGCUCACGCCCGCCCAGCAGUACAGCCUGCGGGCCAAGUACGCGGCAGCCACAGGUGGACCGCCCCCCACCCCGCUGCCCGGCCUGGAGCGCACGAGCCUGCGGACCCGGCUGGCGCUGCUGGACGCUCCCGAGCGCGCGCUGCCCGCUGCCUGCCUGCACCCGAUCGGGCCUCGGCGGGGCAGCGACGGGCCACACUACGGGCCCACGGGGCCGAUGCCUGCUUUCCCCCACGAGGUGCCAGGCGGCGGGGCGCGGCGGGCCAGCGAUCCCGGGAGGCGGCCUGAUGCCCUGGCGGCCCCGCGGGUGCAGCGCUUCCACAGCGCCCUCGACGUGACCCCAGGCACGCUACCGCCACCCUGCGGUCAGGGCCGAGGCCUGCGCCUGCAAAGCCACCCGAACGCCGACGGCAGCCUGGCCCGCAGUGGCUACUCGCCCCGGCCGCCCAGCAUCAGCGAGAACGUGGUGAUGGAAGCCUUGGCGGCGGGGGCGGACGGCACAGGCCCAGAGGUCAGCCUCGGACUGGCAGAGGACGACCUCAUGCUCCCCGAUGACGUGGUGCAGUACAUCAAGGCACGUACCAGUGGCAACCUGGAGGAGAGUACCCCACCGGUGUACCCCCCAGAGAGCACAUGCUUCUCUGAGCACCCCAAACUGCCCAGCCCCGGGCUGCACGGCCAGCGCACCAUAGCCGCUGCAGACUCGAACGUGGGCCACUCUGCUCCCAUGCUGGGAGGCUGCCCGCUGGCCUACGGGGCCCCCUCCAGCCUGAACAAGAACACCAUGCCUGUGCAGUGGAACGAAGUGAGCUCAGGCACUGUGGACGCACUGGCCAGCCAGGUGAAGCCUCUGCCCUUCCCACAGGGCAACCUCGCUGUGGUACCGCAGAAGCCAGCCUUUGGCCAGUACCCAGGAUACAAUCCACAGGGCCUGCAGCCGAGCCCCGGGGGCCUAGAGAACUCACAGCCACACCUACAGCCCUGCGGGGGAGCCCCCUCCGCACCCAGGGGAAAUUAUACACAGCAGCUGCGGCAGCCAGGGGCUGGCGGCCAGUGUCCCAACAUGACUGCUGCAGUGAACCCCCACCCCAGCUACGGCCAAGCCCACCCCCAGCUGAGCACCAUGGGUGGGACCCUGAACCAAUUCCCCUCCUCUUGCAGCAACAUGGCAACCAAGCCAGGCCACCUGGGGCUCCCCCAACAAAUGGAAGUUGCUCCUGACCCCACCAUGAUGGGCAACAGCCACAGGGAGCUCGGCAUGCCCAAUUCCAGCCUGGCCGGGAUGCCGCCACCUCACCCAGCCCAGAACUACCCACAGCAGAGUCAUCACCUGGUGACCACCAUGAGCCAGGAAGGCUACCACCAAGGCCCCAGCCUGGUGCCUUCCCACCAAGCCAGUUUCCUGGAGCCACAGCAGGGCACGAUGGGGGCAGCCGGAUCUAGCUUUGGCCUAAUGCAGCCCCGGCCACCCCCAGAGCCCGGCCCUGCCGGCCGCCACCGCGGGGUACGUGCUGGGCAGCAGCUGGCCUAUGCCAGGGCAACUGGCCAUGCCAUGGCUGCCAUGUCAGCCAACCAGGAGCUGGCAGAGUCUGUACCCAAGGGGACAGUGGGCAGCAUGUUGUCCCUACCCCCCCAGCCACCCCCGCAGGACACAGGCGGGACCCAGGACCACAGCAUGCUCUACUACUACGGCCAGAUCCACAUGUACGAGCAGAACGGGGGCCCUGAGAACCAGGCCGGCUGCCAAGCCCUGCGGCCCCAGCCAACACAGCCCCAGGCCUUGCCCUCGCCGGGGGUCAACCAGGUGUCCAGCACUGUGGACUCCCAGCUACUUGAGGCCCCCCAGAUUGAUUUCGACGCCAUCAUGGAUGACAGCGAUCACUCCAGCUUGCUUUCUGGCGCCCUGAGCCCCAGCCUCCUCCACGGCCUCUCCCAGAGCUCCUCCCGCCUCACCACCCCACGCAGCUCCCUGACUCUGCCCUCCAUCCCCGCCGGUAUCAGCAACAUGGCCGUGGGGGACAUGAGCUCCAUGCUCACCAGCCUGGCCGAGGAGAGCAAGUUCUUGAACAUGAUGACCUAAGGCCCCGGCCCCUGGCACUGGGCAGACUCAGAGGGACCAUCGCUUCCCAGGGCACGGUGCUUUUGUCUGUUUUACCUUUUUCCCCAAAAAGUAUUACAUAGGUCUGAGGGAGUUUGGCCAGUGGCUGGUUCAGACCACAAAUGCUUUUAAGGGCAGGUUUAGGGGCAUGCUGUCUGGUCUUCCUUUAGAUAAUCUUUUGGACCUCUCACAAGUCUCCACGGAAAAGGCAAGGCAGGGGUACAGAACUCAUGUACACAGUGCUUCCCAGCCUCUGGCGUUUCUGGGACUGCUCUGUUCUGGCUUUGUCACCUCUGUCAUUUGGCUGAUGAGGGAUAACAGGGGCCCAGGGCAUUCCAAGCACACAGGGAAAGAGGUGAGAGGAACCACAUUUGGGUUUGAAUCCAAAAGCCAUACCAGAUGUUCUAAUCCAGGAAGAUAAGCUUCUUGCUCCGGUGCCUGCAAGGCAAAGGAAUUCCUGGCCCAUGGGAAUUCUUCUGUGAAGCUUUAUUGUUGAAGCCUCUGACAUCCCUUGCUGUGGAGGGGAAAUUUUUUUUUUUUUUUUACCUGGAUGGUUUGGAAGCACAUCCUUAUUAUGGGUGUCUCUACCCUGCAAAGCCAAUUUUGCGGCUGGCUGACUGUCCAAGUGUAUAUGGAUGAGUAAAGUAUGAAAACACUGCCCAAAAAAGGAAAGAAAACAGUGUAAUACUCAGGGCAAGCCAGAAGCUGCCCAGGCCUCUCCAGACCACGUUUACAGUGUUCAUGCAUGUAGAAUGUAGCCCUUCCUGAAAAGAACACAUUUCUAGAUACCUCAGGGCUGCUGGAGCUGCUGGGGGUUAGGGCUGGACCAAGGUGAGCUGAAGUGUGUGAUGAAGUGGAGCCUGGGUAAAGAAAGCAGGCUGGGGACCCAGCCUCGGGCCGCCCUGGAGGUCUCCCAGUAGGAAGAGGAAGUCGCAUGUUUACCUAGCCCUGUUCCUCCAAUGCGCUGUCCACCCACCUUAUGGUGGAAACUGGGGGGCUGGAUGCCAGCCUUUGCCCACAUUCCUCCAGGCCGUGCUGUCCACUCACCAGCAGCCCCCUGACCGACCCCAAGCUACAGCAUGCAGUCCUGGUAUCUUCUGGUCUCCCUUCCCUCCGCCCACCGGUUCAUUUCACAGAGAGUAAUGAUACGCAUGGUGUUUGGGGCAGGGGUGGGAUUGAUUCUUGGGACUCUGAGGGACCAUUUCUGAAUUUUCCUGUUCAGUGUUGACCAAGUCCCACCCGGAAAUGGAAUUUGGAACUGGCAUCAGAAGACAUUGUUCCCGAACAUAUGGGAGGGUGAAUGGAUGCAUCCUCCCCACCACACACGUUCACAAACAUCCCACACCUUUCUCAUGUUGAAUUUGUGGCAACCUUGCUGAAUCCACCUGCAUCACUAUGAACUUGACACUGACUAUGAGCCUGGCUUCAACCAGAACAUGGCCAAAACCUCACCUGGGCCUCUACACCCCAGGACAACAAGGACUUUGUCAGGGUUCAAUGACAAGGUCAAGUUCAAAUGACAGCCUGAGACACCUCCAAGGGUCUGGGCUCUGUGCGGUGCAUGUUCUUUCCCUGGGCUAGGAUUUCACUGGCCAUUCCCAGUUUGUAUAUAAUCUGUACAGAAGACGGCGUCCCUGAAAAUACUGUAGGUGCAUCAUCCGGUCAGAUUUAUAUCUCCAAAACAUUUUUAGCUUUUUCUACAUGCUAUGAAUUGAGAUGACAUACUCAACUUGUAAAUAAGUCGUUUUUUGUACAUUAAAAAAAGUAAUUUUUUCAUAAUUUA